AGCUGAGCAUUAUUUUAAUAUGAGUGUAGUGCAGUGUAGUAGAAUUUAAUAUUUAAAAGUGUUUAACGCCACUCUAGCAACAGACAGUUCGCAUUUGUAACGCAAACAACAAAGAGAAAUCAAUAAACAAAGUGAGACAUAUACUCUCUAGUGGAAAAUAUACCAAAAAAAAUAAUUAAAUUUAAAAUAAAAUAACUGUGAUUUUAUUGAAAACUUCAAACGAAACUAAUAUAAAAGACAACAUGAUGAAAUUCUUAGUGGGAUUCUGUAUUUUGGCCGUUGUGGCUCCUACCGUUUUCGGUGAUUUGAAAUGCUCUUUGGGUGCUCCUGAGUUGCCCACCGAAUGGAUUGAUUUACGGGGUGACUGUGUGACUGCCAUGCGCAAUCAAAUCCAAAAAGAAAUCGAUGCUUCCUAUCAAUAUUUGGCCAUGGGUGCUUACUUCUCUCGCGACACUGUCAAUCGUCCCGGUUUUGCUGAGAUGUUCUUCAAGUCUGCCAAGGAAGAACGUGAUCAUGGCUCCAAAUUGAUUGAAUACUUGUCCAUGCGUGGUCAUUUGACUGAGGGUGUUACCGAUUUGAUCAGAACUCCUGCUAUCCAAAAAGACGAAUGGGCCAGUGGUGCUGAUGCUUUGGAAGAUGCUUUGAAAUUGGAAACUCAAGUUACCAAGUCGAUUCGUAAACUCAUCCAAACCUGUGAAAAGAAACCCAACUUCUAUCACUUGGUCGACUACUUGACUGGUGUCUAUUUGGAAGAACAAUUGCACGGUCAACGCGAAUUGGCUGGCAAAUUGAGCACUCUCAAGAAGCUGAUGACCAACCACGGUGCUUUGGGUGAAUUCUUGUUCGACAAAGAUUUGUAAAAAGUCUCUUGCUACAAAAUUCCACUACAGCUUAAACUACAACAUGAGAUUUUU